AUGGCCACGAUUUGUUUACCCAGCCGCCGAUGCUCUGCAAAUCUCCGAAGGGCACUGCUUCCGUCGAGGUCAACCAUUAGACAGCAGUGUGCGAUGAGCAAUGCCUGCAAGCGAACUCCAAUUCCUGUCGUACCGUCUGCACACUCGGCUGCGAGAAACAUUAGAUCUCCGUGGACGAGAGGGUGUAAAGUCAGGGAGGCGGAUAGACUGGCUUGCCAGCAUCCCCGACGACACUUCCAUGUGACCAGGGUCUGUCAGCAGAGUACCGCCGCAGCCCCGAGCAGUGACAAGAACAGCAGCGGCGACAUCAUCUGCUCUGUAACUCCUUCGUCGAACGGGGAGGGACGAACAGUUGCAACCGUCACAAUUUCGAAUGCCGCACGACUUAACAGUCUUAACAGCACGCUGAUCGACAAGCUCACGUCAACCUUGCGAUCGCUUGCCAGUGAGCCAAACUUGUGUUGCGUCGUUAUCAAUGGCGCUGUUUCGGAGAGCAAGGUCCCUGCAUUCAGUUCCGGGGCCAAUAUCUUUGAAAUGGCAACGAUCAACAACUACAAUGACGCCAAGGACUUUAUCUCGCGGCUUCACGGCGCAUGUCAGGCCGCCAGGGACUUGCCGGUCGUCACGAUCGCACAGAUCCACGGCCUGUGCUUUGGCGGAGCCCUGGAGCUGGCGGCUGCGUGCGACUUCCGCUAUGCGACGCACGAGUCGUCUUUCAGUAUGCCGGAGACGAAAUUCGGAAUACCUUCGGUGAUAGAAGCGAGGCUCCUGGCCAAUAUUGUUGGCUGGCAGAGGACAAAAGAACUGGUUUACCUGGCAAAGGUCUACAAUGCAAAGGAGAUGGAGAAAUGGAGCUUGAUUGACGCUAGCUAUGAAGAUACUCGGCAGCUUCAGCAAGAGGUCGACAAGGUGGUUGAGCUCGUGGCUUCCAAUGGGCCGGAAGCUAUGAGAGCGCAAAAGAGACUUGUGAAGCUGUGGGAGGAAACGAAUCUGGCCUUCGGUGUCAGGGCCGGACUCGAUGCAUUUGCGAGCAUGUUCAGCGAUGGAGGUACUGAGCCGGCAAAGUACAUGAGGGAAUUCACAGAGAGGAAGCACAGCAAGCGUUGA